AUGCAUCCGCUGUAUAAAGAGAGUCUGGCUUCAACACUGAUCUGUGCUUUAACAACUUUGUCGUGCCGUGUGUUGUUCCUGGUGUUCGUCCUUCUCUUCUUGGUAGGAUUGGGGCCUGAGCAACAAUGCUUAGGCCUCAUUCUCACCCCACCCGAUGGUGAUAGUAAUGCUGAAUGUCGGCCAAUUGAUAUUCAACUUUACACAUGGAGAGGACCUGGUUUUGAAUCAGGUGAAUGUUGGCAUCAAGGACAACGUUUUAUCAACGGUGCCACCUGGGGUCGUAUGGAUAUUCCUGGUGCACCGUAUUGUGUUUGUGAACAAGGUAAAGUUCGUAUCUUUUACAGUCAACAUCGACCAGAGAAACCUUCAACUCAUCUUGCUGAUUCGUUAACCUUACUUCGACCAUUUCAUGGUUCAUCACCAACACCAAAUGAUUUAGCUAAAUGGCCUAUUCCAAACGUAAUUACUGUUCGACAACGGUCAGUUGUCUGUACAUCAGAUCGACUAGGUAUGCGCGUGCGAUCAAGAGAUAGCUGUACUGGUUGUAAAUGUUCGAAAAAUGGUCAUUGGCUAUGUCGAAAACCACCCGUAUUGAAAGGAAAUCGUACAAAGAACAUUCAUCAUCGAAGGACAAGUCGGUCAUUGGCAAUCACAUCGAGAAAUCUUCAUUAUCCAUGGAAACAUUCAUCGCCUUCGAUCAACGUUCAACGUCGUGCGUCAACCGUACGAAUACAGCCACAAUGUCCAUCCGGCACGAUACCUCAGUAUUGCAUAUUAAUUGAACGUAUUGUCUCGUCGAACAGCAGCGAAAAAUCCAGUCGUUAUAUCGAAAUUCCUCGUGAAACAUCGUGGAUUGAUCAACAGAGAUGUACUCAAUGCUCGUGUACAUUAGACGGUCGUUUAUUCUGUGAAUUUCUCCAUUCAACAUGUAAUCGUUCAUGUCUGAUAGAAAAAACUCAACCAAUUCCAUUGAUGUAUUACUUUCCACCAGGUGCCAAAUGGGUUACACCACCACAUGAUAAAUGUCGAUCUUGUAUGUGUGUACGCGGGGAAAGAAAAUGUAUCAAUUGCGAUCAAAUUCUCAAGAUCAAUGUCGAAAAUAGCGCUCCGCAACGAUCGUCCAUUGGUGAAUUUCGAUUAGGUUCGCCAAUAUCAACAUCUUCGAAACAGAUUAAACCAUGUGUACUUCAAAUAAGUACAAAUUCGCAUCGGUUACUUCUACCGAAUCAACGAACAUGGUUUCAAGAGCGUUGUUUUGUUUGUUCUAAACAGCACGGUCGACUAAUAUCAUGUUGA